CGCAAAGAUCCCGACAAUGCUUCGACCGACGACCCAGUGGCAGGCCGCGCUACGGGACGGCGACAGAGCUACGCAUGGCAAGCGCAAGCCAGUGCGUCAACCCAGCCAGCCACGUCCGCUCAAGGAGCCUCCGCGAGAGCCAUCGGCUGCUGAGCUGCUCAAGGCCUUCGCCCGGGAGAUGGAGGCUACCAAGACGCCCUUGGCAACAGCAUGCCCUAGCCAAGUGGCAAAACCUUCCUUGGUCGAGCCUACUGUGCGCUACGAGUUACAUCCCAAUACAAACUUUGCCAGCCUCAUGGCAUCGACGUCCGAGCCAGCCUCGUCGCUAGCACCAAGUCCGUUGUCCGCUCCGACACCACUGCCGCGCCCAUCGACGGCGACAGCUACGUCGUAUGCCCGGCCUCCUCAGAGUCCUUUGUCGACGCUCAAGACACAGCGGUCGCUUCUUCACGCCCGGGUCAAGUCGCUCGGCCACGCAUUGCCCGAGUCUCGGACGCUCCACGCCUUACGCGAGCUCGGUGCCAGUGUCCGGUCGUCGACCAAGAUUCUCGACGGAACGACGUCCGAGACAGACCUCGACGCACCAUGGCUACUAGAGCGGCGAGGUCUGGACAUUCCUCGCUCGCUGCCACCGAGGCCUCUACCGAUGCCGCACCCCCGUCCGCAGCUGCCUCCAAGCGCCAAGGACUCGUGGGACGUCAACUUGGCCGACCUCGCAACGAUCUUGAGUCGAUACAAACACGAGCUCGAGAAGCUUCUCGAUGAAGACGCUGCCAAGGCGCCGCCACCGACUCCGACCAAGGACACCACGUCCACCGUGUCUGCGACUAGGGUCGACACACCUUCCUCCGCCGCCGUAACGAGCGAAGCAGCGUCGAGCGUGCAUGUCGCAGCCAGCAGUGACAUCUCGCACGAUGUGCCUGAAUAUGCCACUUUGCCGCCGGAGACCCGCCUUUCAGAGAGCCCUACGAGCGAAUGCAGGGUCAAAAAGGCAAGGAUCCCAUCUCCUGGGACAAAAAACGUAUUGGGCGUCACCGAUAUCGUCGAAAAGCCUGCAGCCUUUUCGACUGAAAAAUGGUUUAUCUCGGCGCCGCCGAUAUCAUCUGAGGCGCCUUUGUUCCGCUUUUGCGUGUUUGACGCACCCGCGCCGAUGGAGCCGCACGUCUUAUCCCUCGAUUUUGUCCCAAUGCCAUUGGCUGUGUCCUGCGCCGAGGUGUCCUCUCCACCGACAGUAAGCUCGGCUGUCGGCGGAUGGACACCACUCGAACCCACGUGCUCGUCCCGAUGGGCGUCGACCAUGUCAUUGCCACCAGCCGCCACGCACCAAGCGGAUAUGCCUGCCAGUACAGAAUCGUCGUGCGCUUCUUCGCGCGCGCCCGCCAUUGCCAUCGACGACUUGCGCGUUUCAUCGACGGUGUUGCCGUCUGCCAUGUGCCAAGCAGGAGCAACGACAGCGCAAAGCGACAUCUCGGCUGCGUCGUCACGGCGGCCGCGCUGCGUCGACGAUGCCAUGUGGCCGUUGCCUGCAUCCGUCUCGUCGGGCUACCGUCAAAAGCAAGAUCACCUUCUUCAUGCGGGGCUCCACCAUCGACUAUGGUCGUCCAAAAGCUCGAUAGCUGCGUCGACAACCACUAGCAUCUAAGACUCUGAUACACAUCUUACGGCGUACGAGCUCAAGGCUCUUCGUUAAGUAGUAACUAUCAUUCACGUACCAAAGGACCGUCG